AUGUCGAUUGCGAAGCCACAGGCUUACUCGACCGCAGGAAAAAGUAAAAGCACCACAAAAACAGUUCUAGUUAUUGUCCUAACCGUGGUUGCCGUAUUGCUCCUCCUCUUAAUCAUGUCUAUCUACUUUGCAAGAAGGAAGCCUGCUAGAAGGGAUUUCAGAAGUGGGGAACCAUUGCUAUUUAAUUUGGACACACUUAAAGCUGCCACAAACAAUUUCUUAGCUGCAAAUAAGCUCGGAGAAGGUGGGUUUGGACCAGUUUAUAAGGGCAUUUUGCGGGAUGAAAAGCAGAUAGCUGUGAAAAGGCUUUCAAGAAGCUCAGGGCAAGUACUAGGAGAGCUAAGAAACAAGGUGGUUUUGUUUGCAAAGUAUCUCCUCACAGAGAAAAUCCGAUAUGAUCAAAUUCUUUAUGGCAGUGGAUAUAUGGCUCCUGAAUGCGCUAGGCACGGGCACUUCUCCACUAAAUCAGAUGUUUUUAGUUAUGGGGUGUUAGUUUUAGAGAUCUUGACUGGUCGGAGGACUAAUGGUUUCCAAGGAUCCGGGCAAGCUGCAGACCUUCUAAGCAAUGUUUUGCAACACUGGAAUGAAGGAAUGGCGUUACAGAUGAUCGACCGAAGUCUAGGUGAUCGGUAUACAUCGCAAGAAGUACUGAGAUGCAUUCACAUCGGGCUACUAUGCAUCCAGGAAGAUCCACAAGAAAGACCUGACAUGGCAUCAAUCGUGCUCAUGCUUACUAGUUACUCUGUUAGUCUCCCAGCUCCUUCAAUGCCUGCCUUCUUUGUAAGAGGUGGAACAACCAGCGAGUCUGAGGUGAAAGAUAGGAAUAUGGGAACUGGUUUCUCAGGGAGUGAGGACUCUAGCGGAAGCACAGCGAGAUUGAUACCAACCUCUAUUAAUGGUCUUUCUAUCACUGAAAUGGAACCACGCUAG